AUGGGUCGGAAGCAGAAACGCCGCCUAAUACCGGAACAAGAUCGUAGAAUUUGCGGUAGCAUUUGCUUCUUCCAGUUUACCUUCGUCAUCAGUUGCGUGGCUUUGGUUUAUCUCGGCGUAGCGAUCUACGCGCCGUCAUAUAGAGCUUUCCACAUUGGCAUUGAGCCGGAACCGGUGAUGUGCCAAACUGUUAAUGCCUCGAUGGUGAAUAAUUGCGGCUGGGCUAGUUGCGGCGAAUGGUGUUUGACGAAGUCGAGCGGCUUUUGUCCCCAGUUUCACGCAACCGUGAGACGUAAUGGCACUGAUGUGAUUUUCGAAAAUUGCACCAAGUUCAAUACAAUCGCGUGCCCUCAGGUAAACAUGGGGAACAUGAAAAGGUAUAAUUGCAACAAUGGCAGCGAGUGCAGUAUGUUGACGGGGGUAUUCAACUGCAGCCUCGGACAUUGUUCAAACAUGAGCGAACUGAUGCUUUGUCAUCACAAGGCCGACGGUAUUGUUAUCGAUAGCGAGAAGGAUAACAUGAAACUGAAUGGCUUCUUCAGCUGUCAACACUCCAGAUGCACGAAAAUCAAGACUGCUUUCACUUGCGACCGAUACUGUCCGAGCAUUAAUACUAGCGACGUGAACGUGUAUCUAAUGCAGGACAACAGUGUGAUAUCAGCCAAGUGCUCUCGUGGGAUGGCCUUGAACAGAGCGAAUGGUAGCCUACCUGGUAUCAAAUUGGACAAGCCUGUUAAAAUCUGGGACGAUAAAAACGGCAGUAUCGUCACAAGCUGUUUCGCCGUAACGAAGAACGACAAUGUCAUCAGCACGGAGGACUGCGUGAAUGGUACGUUGUUGGGUGAGAUUCUUGUUCCCAAACCGUCCAUUAAUUUCACGAGCUUCCUGAAAAUUUAUGAGAAGAGCCUGCGGUAUCCGGCGGACCCCACGAACGCCUAUGUUCCGGCACAGCAAUCUUUGACCAUCUACAACAGCUCGCGAUUGUAUAUCAACCUCGAGCGUUGCGUCAACACCUUGAGAGGCGAGUGUAGACAAUUUCAGCUCACUCACGGUCGUGAUGGCGACAAUCAGACCGCCCAGAGUCGGUAUCCCUGUUAUUACAACAAGAACGACUCGUUGUUCGUGGUUGCACGGUUCGAUCUGAAGAAAACACGAAUGGAGCUGUUGAUCGCCGUUAUCGUGCCGGCUGGACUCUUCAUCAUCAGUGUGAUCACCCUGAUUGUCAUUUCGCGAUCGGUGCAGGUGGGAGACGACGCGAAGAUGCGAUGUAGAUACUGCGUUGACAAGCAAGAGGUCGAGGGCGAGGACCAAGGACUCGUGGAGGUAACGUCCUCCACGACUCAAAGUCAGGUCAAUGAGAACGAGAUUAGAAGCAUGACCCUUUAGCAGUACAAGCCGCUCGGCAUAGGCACUACGUUGGGUUAUGAAAGGCUGCCAUUGAUCGAUAUGGACGAGGCUGAGGAUUCCUUCUAGAAGAAAAUGCGAGACCUAACUUUCGAAAGAUCGUGAUGCUAGAAAGAUCCAUUCAAGACAAAACUCUACAGAGAA